UAUCUGUGUUAGAAUAUAUACUAACGGGUUAUUAGCAGUGGGAGCAAUAUUUCAUAUAGAUUACUGUCAUUCCCACACUGUAAUAAUUUAGUUAUAUAACUUAGUCGACAAAUAGAGCCGCGUUUGUGUAUACUUAUAACAUUCCCUUUGCAUUAUUCAAUUAAAUUUGUAAAUGUUUACUUGAAGUGCAUACACUUUUAGGUUAAUUAGUAAAAUUUAACAUAUUAUCUAGCAAAUCAUAAAAAACAAAACCUGUAGAUUGUAUUCUCAAAUCAAAAUAACACUUAAAACAUGUUCCACAAAGUUUUCGUUUAUGGAACAUUAAAACGUGGUGAACCCAACCAUCAUUGGUUCACCAAAGAUGAAGGUGGAGCUUUUAAAUUUCUAUCUGAAGCUUCAACAAUUGAAAAAUACCCGUUGAUUAUUGGGACCAAGUAUAACAUUCCAUUUCUUCUUCAUAAACCAGGUGCUGGCCAUAACGUCCGUGGAGAACUAUAUGAAGUUGAUGAUAAGGUGUUUGCCAAUCUGGACAUCCUGGAAGAUCAUCCCAACUAUUACGUGAGACAAGUGAAGCAAGUGAAAAACUCAGCAAGUGAAGUGGUAGACACAUGGAUUUAUUUUAUCCCCAACUUUCGCACCGAACUUUUGCAGCAAGAAAUGUACGAAUGUUACAGCAGUCUGGGCGCGCAUGGCCGCCAAUACGUUGAUAGUGAAGAAUCAACCCUCGAUGAUUUGUAAAUGACGCAAUCACGCAUAUUGAACUAAACAAUUUUACUAUAAAUAUCAAUAA